UCCGGGCCUCUCCGACACCCCGAGCCGAGGAGGGGAGGCGCCGCGCCGCGCCCCGGGCAGCCCUGCGGAAAAAUGAUGCAUCCUGUUGCCAGCAGUAAUACAGCUUUCUGUGGGACUGGCAAGAGUUCUUGCCUUAACGAAGACAAUGUGAGAUCCACUGAUCAGUUUGACUUGUAUUCUACACAGCAAAGCAAAUACAGCCACACAGUCAGCCACAAACCAAUUGCAUGCCAGAGACAAGACACGUUAAAUGAAACACACUUGCAGGCCGCAAGUGGCAGGAAUAUAGAGACAAAAGAUGAACUAAAGAAAAAGAAAAACCUCAAUCGAUCUGGUAAACGUGGAAGGCCAUCGGGGACCACAAAAUCAGCGGGGUACCGAACCAGCACAGGUCGACCUCUUGGGACCACCAAAGCAGCUGGAUUUAAAACAAGUCCAGGCAGACCCUUGGGUACAACUAAAGCUGCAGGAUACAAAGUCAGCCCAGGCAGACCUCCAGGUAGCAUUAAAGCUCUAUCACGCCUUGCAAAUCUAAGUUAUACUUGUGGCAGUGCAGCUUUUCCCUAUCCUAUGGUGCAUAACAGAGGAGUACAUGCUGCUGGUGAAACUAGUAGCAAAGUCAAACAACCCAAUGAGUGA